AUGAGGGGUGAUGAAGUAAAUCAAGUUGCAACAGGGCUUCAAAGCAAAAAGAAACAUUCCAGAAAAUCCAAGAGACACUCUUCAUCUAAGAGAAGGAAGAGUAUGUCCCUGUGACUAGACAAACAGGAAGAUGCUGCAGUCACUCACAACAUCUGUGAAGAGAAGAUAAAUAACAGUCAACCAGCACCUGAUAAUGCCUUGCCGACUGCUCCACCAUGGCUUGAUGUUACCAUCACUCACAAUGUACGUGAAGAGAGGAUGGAAAACUACCAACCCCAAACUGAUAAUGUCUUGUCAACUGUUCCACCACAGCUUGGUCAUAUGGCUGCAGCUCCAUCCACGAGUAUCAGGGAUCUGUAUUCCACUGUCACUCACAAUGUCCAUGAAGAGAAGAUGGAAAAUGACCAACCCCAACCUAAUAACGUCUUGUCAACUCUUACACCAGGGCUUAUUAAUUUGGCAGGAGCUGGUAUUCCACCCCUGAGUGCCAGGGAUCAGUAUGCUACUAUCACACACAAUGUCCAUGAAGAGACGAUGGAAAAUGGCCAAUGCCAAACUGAUAAUGUCAAGUCAACUGUUCCACUGCAGCUUGUUCAUAUGGCAGCAGCUGGUAUUCCAUCCAUGAAUAGCAGGGAUCUGUAUGUUGCAGUCAUUCACAACGUCUGUGAAGAGAAGAUAAAUAACGAUCAACCAGUCCCUGAUAACGUCCCAUCAACUGCUCCACCAUGGCUUGGUAAUAUGGCAGCAGCUGGAAUUUCAUCCAUGAGUACCAGGGAUCUGUAUGCUAUCGCCAAUCCCAGUGUCCAUGAAGAGAGGAUGGAAAAUAGCCAACCGCAACCAGAUAACGUCUUGUCAAAUGUUCUAUCAGGGCUUACUAAUAUGGCAGGAGCUGGUAUUCUGGCCAUGAGCACCAGAGAUCUGUGUAUGUUCAGUUUUUAA